CUCUUCCCAGUUGUUAAGUCAGAGAGCAGAGGAGGAAGGGAAGGCAGAGAGACCAGGGGAGGUCUGACGACACCAUCCCAGCAUGCCCGGCACCUAUUUUAAAUGCACAGAUUGAUAAAUGCAAGCGCACAGUUUGGCUUUGAAUUACUGGAGGAACGUCAAGAUUCAUAACAAGGCUGUCACUCUGCAAGACAUGCGUGCAUCUUUUCCUGCCAGGACAAAAACUUAGAGGAGCUUUGGAAACAUUUCAAUGCUGGAGGUCCAGUGUAAGGAUGGAUGAUGCAUGUUCCAGGCUAACGGUGUUCUUCACCGUAUUCUGAUCCAGCUAAACCAAAAAGGAGCAGCAUAAAGAUACAAGAACUUAAUUCACCUGCAACUUUUAUCCCAGGCUGAUAUGAUGCUGUGGUACAACUUUGGCCACCACUUGCUCUCUCUGGCAGCACUUCUGGUGAUUGUGAGCUGCGGAGGAGGAGAGCAGAGGAGAGGGACGGAUAGCAGCAGCACCAGCAGCACAGGUGGUGGCAGCAGCGGCAGCAGCAGUAGCAGUAGCAGCAGUAGUGCAGGAAGUAGUAGUAAUAAUUACAACAACAGACGUUUUCAUAAGAUCCAGCAUGGCCAGUGCACCUAUACGUUCAUCCUACCUGAGGAAGAGGGAGCCAGAGGGGGCUCCUGCAGGGAGGGGAAAGCUGGUAGCCCAACUACACACAGUAGCAACUCCCUCCAAAGAGACGCUCCGCCACCUGAGCCAGACAUUCCCAGCCAGAAGAUCCAGCAGCUCGAGCACAUUAUGGAGAAUUACACUCAGUGGCUACAGAAGAUCGAGAACUACAUAAAAGAGAGCAUGAAGACAGAGAUGGCUCAAUUGCAGCAGAGCGCUGUACACAACCACACAGCAGCCAUGUUGGAAAUGGGCACCAACCUUCUUUCUCAGACUGCUGAACAGACACGCAAGCUGACUGACGUUGAGACACAGGUUCUGAAUCAGACAUCCAGGCUCGAGAUCCAGCUGCUGGAAAAUUCUCUUUCUACAAACAAGUUGGAGAAAGAGUUAAUGGUCCAAACCAAUGAGAUCAGCAAGCUGCAUGACAAGAACAGCCUCCUGGAGCAGAAAAUGUUAGAAAUGGAGAUGCGGCACCGUGAAGAGCUGGAGACGCUGAAGCAGGAGAAGGGAAGUCUCCAGGCCCUAGUGGGGAGGCAGAGCGGGGUUAUCGGGGAGCUAGAAGCCCAACUGAGCCGGGCCACAGGAAACAGCACGGCCCUGCAGAGACAGCAGCAGGAGAUGAUGGAUACUGUCCACAAUCUGCUCCACCUCUGUUCCAAAGAUGGAGUUGUGCCUAAUAGUACAAAGGUGGAGGAAGAGAAGAAGUUCCGUGACUGUGCCGACCUGUACAAGGCUGGCGUCCAUAAGAAUGGAGUCUACACCAUCCAGAUCAACCCCCAGGAGACUAAAAAGGUGUAUUGCAACAUGGAAACAGCCGGUGGCGGAUGGACCGUCAUCCAGCGCAGAGAAGAUGGCAGUGUGGACUUCCAGAGAACGUGGAAGGAGUACAAGAUGGGUUUUGGGAGCGUGUCUGCAGAGCAUUGGUUGGGAAACGAGUAUGUUUACCAGUUUACAAGCCAGAGGCAGUAUGCCCUUCGUGUGGAACUGACAGAUUGGGACAGACACCAGGCCUUCUCACUGUAUGACCGCUUCCAGAUUGGCAGUGAGAAACAAAACUACAGGUUGGUGGUUUGAUGCCUGUGGUCCGUCCAACCUUAACGGCAUGUACUUCACCCAAGGACAACACAUAGGGAAGUUGAAUGGUAUCAAGUGGCACUACUUCAAGGGUCCCAGCUACUCGCUACGAGCUACAGUCAUGAUGAUCCGCCCCCUGGACUUCUCCUAGUCUUUUAAACUUCCGAACGUUAAACUUCCAAACAGCUAUGUAGCACAUUAGAGGGAACAUGUCCUAUUUUAUCCUCUUGUCUCAUCUCAUUUCGCUGCCCAUGGGCGUCGUCCAGUGAAUCUUUUAUUCAACCUGGUUCUUCCCCAGAGCAACUGAUAUUUCUGUGCUACUGUUGCCUCAUAACCUUUCCCCUUAAUGAACUGAAAAGCAACCAUGAGGAGGAAGACAGAGCAAGACAUGACUCACUUGAACUGAUUUCUGUUCCACAAACAUGACCUUAUGUAAGGACAAAUGCAUUCAGGUGUGUCAUGUCACACCUGGAAUUUGUGCACAUAAGAGCUUGAUAUAAGGUCAGCUUGUAUGAGAAUUCAAGCAUGAUGUCAAACCACAAUUUUCCUGGGUACCUGUGUUUUAAUGAUAUGGAGGACAUGAACUCUUCUGUAUGGAAAGCACCUAUCACAGGGCAGCACUGACACUUAAACUGCAGGACAGAACUUAUCUGGAACGCUCUAAGGAGAAGAAUGAGAGAUACAGCUUUUUUAUUAAAAUGUUGCUCACAGAUCGCAGCCCAUAAAUAUUACAAAUGUAUUAUAUAUAUUGUGUUUUUAGCAUUAUUUUUGUUAUCCCAACUGUAUACAAUAGUCAAAGUGAGAUGAAAUUGUCUUUUGUACUGUACAGUGUAUACUGAUUGUCUAUCUGCAUUAUGUAUCAAACACAUGCCCAGUUUUACGGUGACUUUGAAAUGCAAGUGAUUGGUAAUAGUUAUGAGGGACGCUUGCAGUAUUUUCUGGCAAUUACACACUAACUGUCUUGACGGAGUGUGAUUAUUUUUAGAGUGCAAGAUGUAAGGUUAUUACUGGAUUAGAUUUUGAACUAAGAUCUACUUGCCUUUGUUAUUGGCUGAGAAACUACGAAUACCUGCCAAGUUUCAAAUUGUGAGUGAUCACCUUACCUCUACUGAGUAUGAAAAACAAGGAAAUUAAUUCAGAUACAGCAUAUAAUUAGUGAUAUAUAACAAUUAGAGCUUAGUAUGUGUAGGGGGGAAUGCACGUUCGCAUUCACAACCAGUAAUGCAUAUUUUCAAAAACACACAGAGGUAUCCAAUGUAUUUCUGAAAGACAUAAAUGCUUAUAUUAAGCUGGUGUCCCAAAUGUCCAAAACUCUCAAAGAAUGAGGUUAAAGUUCAGCUUACUGAAUCUUAUUUCUAUCUGGACAUUAUAAAACCCCUUUAAGACCAAAUACCUUAAGACAAACCGCAGAUCAUUAAGACAAGUUACAUCCAAACUAUUUUUCACAGACAUCAACAUGACACAACUUCAGAAUCCAGCCAGUUUCUGUUUCCCAUCAAUGCAGCUUUGGGGGAAAAAAAGGAGCCGGAGUUGGAUAUGAAGCAUGAAAUUAAUGAUUUCACCAAGUGAUCCGUGUGAACACAUAUUUCAUAACCUCCAGCCUAUAACAACAGAAUCUACUUUGGAGUAUUUACUAAAGGUACAUGUGGCAAGAAGAUAUAGUGUAUCUGGAACUUGUAAGACUACAAUUGACAUGUUUAUUAGCAUUCUAAAAUUGUAUAAUUUCAAUGUGUGUGUACGUAAAGCAGCUUUCCUGAGGAAAACUUUUUUUUUUUCUGGUUUUGCUCCGUACAAUGGUGUUUUGAAGUUGAGCAUAAAACAUAGAAGUUAAGAUAAUAACCCUGGUGAAAUGUGCCUUUGAUAACUUUGCUUUUACCUCAUUCAAUUCCAGAUUUGCAGAUUUUAUUUAAACAUCUUUUGUAACAUGUGGUCAGUGUUGUGUUGCUAGAUUAAAUAAAAGAGCAUGUGAUGCACUGAUGUUUUCAA